AUAAAUCCUUCCAGAGAGAAAGAAAGAAAGAGAGAAAGCGAGAAAGAACGCAUACCAUUCUCGAAAUCCAGAGAAAUACGAUGAGCUGCUCCGGUUCAUGGAUGGCAGCGCCUUCUCCUCUCAAUCUCUCGCCUCCAUCGCCGCUCCAGAGUAUCAAGCAUGGCGUCUCCCCCUCCUUCCUCUGCUGCGCCCUUGGUUCCGAACCAAAACCCCGCUCCAUCCUCCAUGAUUCACUCGAAGCCGCUGGGAUUGAUACGAAGCACUCUAGGGCGGCGAGGGAGGGGUUUUGUGAGCAGAUUGGGAGGUUGACGGAGAUCAAUGGGGAGAGUAGCAUCGCUAUCAGCAAAGGACCGGACCUUGCCCGGACGGCGCUGUAUAUUGCGGCAGAAGAUGACUCGUUGGUUUCGCAUUCGUCCGUGCCGUUGCCCGUGGAGGCUUUCAUUGAGAGGCUUGAUGAUCUCUCCAUGGGGUUCUGCCCGCUUUAUAUGCCCCCUUCUCACUCUCCUCCGGAGGUUUUCCUUGCGAAUCUGGAACGGUACUUUUAUAUUCACAAGGGUUUUCACAGACCGACUGUCAUGUCAGAUUCUAGAGCGUUGUAUCUUCAUUCGGUUUUGACUUGCCGACUUGGAUCUGCAGUCAUGCUGUCACUUGUUUAUUCAGAGAUGCUGAAAAUGCUACGUAUUUGUGGAUUUUUAGAUUUUGAUGUGGAGAUUUACUUUCCCCAUGAUUUGUUCAGUCUUCCCAGAGGUUAUCACAAACAAAAGAGCAAGUUGUCAGAUCAACCUCAUAUAAUGACAGCAAAGUCACUGCUGGUGGAGAUAUUGAGGGAUUUGAAGGCGGCUUUUUGGCCAUUCCAGCAUACUAAGUCUAAUAGCCUUUUUCUAAGAGCAGCUUAUGCUGCAAACCAUGUUAGUGGGCCUAGCUUUACUAGUGAAAGUUAUUCUGAGCCACAUGCCACUGUAAGUGGUCUAGAGAUAGCAUCUGCAAAAGCUGCUCAACAUAGGAUAGAGCGUGGAGUUUGGACCAGUGUUCGUUUUGGUGAUAUGCGGCGAGCUUUAUCAGAUCCUAUUUGUUAUGUUUCAUUAGCACUGAUCCGUCAUAGCUGAACCAAAUUUAGUCUGAUCUGGGUGUGGUUGAUGCCAAGAUAGCAUAACGAAACAGUGCCUGCUAUACCAGUCAUGUAUAUCAGAAGCCAUCAUCAUGAUGGAAGCAAACUAUAUUGAAAUUCCUUGUGUGAGGUACAACAAGAGGAUUGAAUCUUCAUCACAAUCAGUAUUUCAAGUCAAAGAAAGACUAGUAUAUAUAGACUACUGAUUUAAAUUUCAAUAUUUGAAAUUCAAGUUUAGCAUCAAGAAAUUCCUUCUUGUUUGAUUCUCACAUUACCCUGUUAGAUGAGAAAAGCAUUCCGAACAGCUAAAUGUUCCCUAAAAUAAGUAUACGUGUGCUCAACAUGCUUAGGAGAUAAAAUCAAUCCCUUUGCAUCAGUCAUAAUGUAACAUGAUUUCAUGUUGAAUAAGGACCACAAAAUUUGAUUUGGUGUGCUGUAGAGCACCAUAUUUGUGAGAUUCAUAUGGCUUGAAUUCAACUGUCUCCACCUAGAACGCAUCACAUAUUACUUGUGUUAGGUGGACCUCAUCUGUGAAAUAUUUGACAAUGGUCAAGACGCCACUUGAUAACAUAAAAAGCAGACAAGUGCCCCCACUAUACAAAGGAAAGAAAUACCAAGGGGCUCAAGAGAGACCCCACCGCCCCCAACACACCCACCCACUCACUCCCAUAAACUCUUGUGAUGAAGUGGACUAAAUGCAAUUUGUAGGCAUUUGUCUUGUGAUGAAGAUCUGGUAGAAUGAUGGCAAGACUCUUGUUCUCAUCUAAUUGUAUUUCGCUUUUCUGUUUCGAUAGCAUGUGAGCGGCUUAUCCUCCUUGCAACUGACUACCGUGAACUGAGAGACUAUGCAGUUCUUCUGUACCAUUGUGGGCAUUAUGAACAAUGUCUGCAUUACUUGAAAUUAUACAAAACC